UUUGUUUUUUAUUUCGAUAAUAAUUAAUCUUUUAUCUAUACAAUGGAAUAUUGAGAUUAGCUCUACUCAUCAAUCAGAAUCAAACAUAUUUAUAUUCAUUUUAAUCGUAUAAUAUCAAUCAAAACGAUAAGUUUCGGAUUAUCUGUUUGAAUAUUAGAAAUAAAACGUUUCGCUUUGGUACCGGUGCAACUGGUAUAGAUAUUUAUGUACAUAUAUAAAAAAUUAUGAGUUUCAAUCAUAUUCGUUUUAAUACUAUUAAAGUUUUCGUUCAAAUCGGUUGCGUUGGAGGAAUUAUACAGAGUCUGUUAUGGAUCGGUUUGUCAUUAUCUUCAAUUACUUUUUACUACGAAGACGCGAAAAAUUGUACAUCGGAUACCGAUUAUAUUUGUAUCGUCUAUAAUAUAUUUAUCAAUCCUAACGGUAACAUUUACACCGAUGAAUUUUUCGUAAAACCCUAUAUCUUCCAGAUCUUUUCGUGGAUAUAUUUGGUAUUGAGUUUAUUUUGGUUUAUAUUUUCUCUUCGUACGUUAUUUGUUGUCAACGGUAGUCGUCGUCGUAAAGGUAUAUCGUGUUCGAUUAAAUUUUGGACAUGUGUAACUGUAUUAGUAAGCAUUACGGAUGCGUUGUUAUUAAGUGGAAUUACUGUCGAUUAUCAAAACGCGCAAAAUAUCUUCAGUUACUCACCUACCACCUACCCUAUCACUACAACUUUUGUACCCACUUCUUCUAGCGCAACCACGCCGACUACAUCUAUUUUUACUACCACAACAACUACUUCUGAUGCAACGUCUACGAUAAGUACUCUUUCGACCACAUCAGUUUCAACAACUACAACUUCUGGAACGCAAAAAACGACAUCGACUUCUAGUUCUACCACAUCGACUACUCCUAGUUCUACGUCGACAACUAUAUCGACUUCUACCGUACCAACAACUUCGAAAACGUCAACAAAAACAACUACAGUUUCUACUACAUCUCGAACAACACCGAUAACUUCUAGUUCUACCACACGAUCUACAACUCCGUCGAGUACUUCUAGUUCUACAACAACGACUACUCCUAGUUCUACGUCGACAACUAUAUCGACUUCUACCGUACCAACAACUUCGAAAACGUCAACAAAAACAACUACAGUUUCUACUACAUCUAGAACAACACCGACAACUUCUAGUUCUACCACACGAUCUACAACUCCGUCGAGUACUUCUAGUUCUACAACAACGACUACUCCUAGUUCUACGUCGACAACUAUAUCGACUUCUACCGUACCAACAACUUCGAAAACGUCAACAAAAACAACUACAGUUUCUACUACAUCUAGAACAACACCGACAACUUCUAGUUCUACCACACGAUCUACAACUCCGUCGAGUACUUCUAGUUCUACAACAAAGUCGACAACUGUCUCAACGCCUACUACAUCAACAACUAUUUCGAGUACAUCUAGAACAACACCGACAACUUCUAGUUCUACCACACGAUCUACAACUCCGUCGAGUACUUCUAGUUCUACAACAACGACUACUCCUAGUUCUACGUCAACUAUAUCGACUUCUACCGUACCAACAACUUCGAAAACGUCAACAAAAACAACUACAGUUUCUACUACAUCUCGAACAACACCGAUAACUUCUAGUUCUACCACACGAUCUACAACUCCGUCGAGUACUUCUAGUUCUACAACAACGACUACUCCUAGUUCUACGUCGACAACUAUAUCGACUUCUACCGUACCAACAACUUCGAAAACGUCAACAAAAACAACUACAGUUUCUACUACAUCUAGAACAACACCGACAACUUCUAGUUCUACCACACGAUCUACAACUCCGUCGAGUACUUCUAGUUCUACAACAAAGUCGACAACUGUCUCAACGCCUACUACAUCAACAACUAUUUCGAGUACAUCUAGAACAACACCGACAACUUCUAGUUCUACCACACGAUCUACAACUCCGUCGAGUACUUCUAGUUCUACAACAAAGUCGACAACUGUCUCAACGCCUACUACAUCAACAACUAUUUCGAGUACAUCUAGAACAACACCGACAACUUCUAGUUCUACCACACGAUCUACAACUCCGUCGAGUACUUCUAGCUCUACAACAAAAUCGACAACUGUCUCAACGUCUACUACAUCAACAACUAAUUCGAGUACAUCUUCUAGAACUUCAACAAAGCCAACCACAGUUUCUACUACAUCUCGAACAACACCGACUACUUCUAGCUCAACUGCACGAUCUACAACAUCUUCGAGUACUCUUAGUUCGACAUCUUCAAAAACUACAACAACUAGUCAAGAAACUAUAGAUGUUACUACAUCUCGAAGUCCCUUUUUGCAAAUUCCAAAAAGUGUUCGUAUUGAUUCCUCUUUAAGGUCGGCAAGUUUUGAUGUUGCAGCUUUGUUAAAUGAAGAGGACGAGAUUGUGCAGCCUAAUCUGGAUGUUAUAAAUACUUCGAUGUUAAUUAUGAUGUCUUUGAUUGCCAGAGGAUACGUUUUAUGGUUAUUUAAUUGCUUAUUCGUCGUGGUGAUGAUAAUUAUUGUAAAUAAUUUACAUAGGGUUGUGAGACCCGAGAUUUUCCCUAUAAUUGAUACGGUUGCGAUGGAUAAUUCGGCAGCUUUUUGUAAAACUUUAUCCUUUGUAAAAAUCGAAUGAAAAUAAUGAAAUAUUUUUCAAAUCCCGUUUCGACUUUUAUUUACGCAAAUAUUAAUUAUAUUUCG